AUGAGUGCUGUAAAGCUCGUUUACGUUAGCGUCCAGCACUACAACUUUCUGGGGAAGGUCAGAAUCCUCCACUGGGACCUGGGUCGUAUCAUGAACCUAUACAACUACGACGGACCUAUGGAAGUCGGUAGCACGUCCACAAACCCGAUCCUGAUCGUGGAUUCGGAGGAUGAGGAGACCGAUGAAGAAAGUUCGGAGUCUGACGACGACUCCCAAAAUGCCAAGAUGCCGGCCUUUGUUCUCCGGUCUAACAUCUUCACCGGCGUGCGCUGGAGGGGUAAGGAUGGGGAGUGGAUGUGUCUCUUCGAACAGAGAAUGAUGCAAAAUAUCAUCGCAAACAAAGACGGCCUCGACAUUACGCGUCAAUUAACAGACCGGGAUGAAGAGAUCAAGCAGCUUGAGGAGCAGGUCACCAGCAAGGGUGGCAAAAACAGCAACCUCCAUGCACGAAUAGAUCUUAUAGAGCAGCAGAUGCAAGACAUGUUGACCUCGCAGGAAGGUUUUUUGGUCUCGCAGAAAGGUCUUUUGGCUAUGCAACACAGCUACUACAAUGUUAGACAGCGCACGAUCUCAUCUUGGAUCCAGUACGCCUUUUCCAAAGACAGCGCUGCUCACAUCGCAGCAAUCCGCGAAACCAAUAAGCUUAUGCAUGGGGGCGAUAUUACGAUCGACUCCCGGAUGGUGCUAGAGGUUUUCUCCAAGCAGCUCGAAACAAAGCACUUUCCUCUGCUAUACGGCCUGUCAGCAACGGAGACUCAAGAAUUUUAUCCCAAGAAAUGUGUGGAGUCAACUAAAGCGCUUGAUCGAAUGGCGUCCGCUCUUCUAAACAAAAACUCCCAGCAACUUUCCGCGGGCCCUCAUGAAAAGCGAGAUGCCCUUGUGACGUGA